UGACCAUCAAGAAUACCUAAAGCCCAGCCUCGUUUAUCCCUUCAAAAAUUGAAACUUUACUACUCUUGAAAUUCGUAAUCAUCAAUGCAGUUUUUGCUAAACCCGCGUAGAAUUUACUGUACUAGCAUUGUAAAUUCUGCUAAUUCUCAAAUUUCUCAGUUUGCUCGUUCGGGCCAAAUUGAGAAAGCACGUAUGGUGUUCGAUGAAUUGCCUAAUAAAACUACCGUUUCUUGGAACUCAAUUAUUGCCGGUUACUUCCAAAACCAGCAACCCAUUAAAGCUAGGGAUAUGUUUGAUAUCAUGCCUGAAAAAAAUAUAAUUUCUUGGAAUAAUUUAGUUUCUGGGUAUGUGAAAAAUGGGAUGGUUAGUGAAGCUAGGAGAGUGUUUGAUAAAAUGCCGGAGAGAAAUGUUGUUUCGUGGACGGCCAUGGUUCGGGGUUAUGCUCAAGAGGGCAUGAUUGUUGAGGCUGAAAAAUUGUUUUGGCAAAUGCCUGAGAAGAAUGUGGUAUCUUGGACUGUGAUGUUAGGUGGGUUGAUUCGAAAUUCUCGCAUUGAUGAGGCGAGGCGAUUUUAUGAUAUGAUGCCGGUGAAGGAUGUUGUUGGUAGGACGAAUAUAAUAUUAGGGUACUGUCGAGAGGGACGUGUAGAUGAAGCGAGAGGGAUUUUCGAUGAGAUGCCGAAAAAGAAUGUGAUUUCCUGGACAACAAUGAUUAGUGGGUACGUGCAGAAUAAUAAAGUUGAUAUUGCGAGGAAACUUUUUGAAGUGAUGCCAGAGAAAAAUGAAGUAUCGUGGACAGCUAUGUUGAUGGGUUAUAUACAAUGUGGAAGGAUACAAGAUGCUUGGGAACUUUUUGGCACAAUGCCGAUGAAGUCAAUUGUUGCUAGUAAUGCAAUGAUUCUUGGGUUAGGGCGGAAUGGAGAAGUGAGGAAAGCAAGGAUGGUGUUUGAUCGAAUGAGGGAGAAGGAUGAUGCAACUUGGAGUGCGAUGAUCAAGGUUUAUGAGAAGAGGGGGUUUGAAUUGGAAGUGUUUCAGGUGUUUACUUUGAUGCAAAGAGAAGGAAUUAGAGUGAAUUUCCCUUGCAUGAUGAGUGUUCUUUUAGUUUGUGCCAGCUUGGCAAGUCUUGACCAUGGUAGGCAGGUUCAUGCCAAGUUGGUGAGAUCCCAGUACGAUUUUGAUGUGUAUGUUGCCUCAGUUUUGAUCACAAUGUAUUUCAAAUGCGGUGAUCUUGUAAAAGCAAAACAGAUUUUUGACAGGUUCGGUACAAAGGAUACUGUUAUGUGGAAUUCUAUUAUAAGUGGUUAUGCCCAACAUGGUUUAGGCGAAGAAGUUUUACAAGCUUUUCAUGAAAUGUUCUCCUCUGGUGUCAUGCCAGAUGAUGUUACCUUUGUCGCAGUUCUCUCAGCUUGUAGUUACACUGGGAAGGUUAAAGAAGGGCUUAAAAUUUUUGAUUCAAUGGAGUCAAAUCUAGUGAAACCAAAAACUGCACAUUAUGCCUGCAUGGUUGAUUUGCUAGGCCGAGCUGGUCAAGUCCAUGAAGCAAUGAAGAUAAUUGAGAAAAUGCCAUUGGAACCAGAUGCUAUUAUUUGGGGUUCGUUGUUAGGUGCUUGCAGAACCCACAUGAAGUUAGAUUUGGCUGAAGUUGCAGCAAAGAAACUUUUGCAGCUUGAGCCCAAAAAUUCUGGGCCUUACAUCUUGCUUUCAAACAUUUAUGCAUCUCAAGGUAGAUGGCGUGAUGUUGCAGAUCUGAGAAAAACCAUGAGAGCAAGGAGUGUGACCAAGUCACCUGGAUGUAGUUGGAUUGAGGUAGAGAAGAAAGUACAUAUGUUCACUGGUGCAGACUGCGUAAGCCACCCAGAGCAUGCAAUGAUCAUGAAGAUGUUGGAAAAGUUAGGAGGAUUAUUGAGAGAAGCCGGGUAUUGUCCUGACGGUAGUUUUGUGCUGCAUGAUGUGGAAGAUGAAGAAAAAGUGCAUAGCUUGCGGUAUCAUAGUGAAAAACUGGCUGUGGCAUAUGGACUUUUGAAGGUGCCUGAAGGGAUGCCCAUCCGAGUCAUGAAAAAUCUUCGGGUUUGUGGGGAUUGCCAUUCUGCUAUUAAAUUAAUUGCAAAAGUUAUGGGGAGGGAGAUAAUAUUGAGGGAUGCUAAUAGAUUCCAUCAUUUUAAAGAUGGGUUGUGUUCGUGCAAAGACUAUUGGUGAUUAAUGAAUUGGGGGAACAGAUGGAUCUUGUGGCAAUCAUCAUGCAUCCCAUAAAAUUUUGGCAUAUUAAUUCACCACAUAGGACAAAUAUAAUUUUGAUGGUACCAUUUGUUGCACAGUGGAGACUCACAGUAUGAGAAGUUUGAGCUGGAAGAAGGAGAAACCUCAGAAAUUUACUUAGAUUGACGUUAGUGUAUUCUUUACAAUCACCGAAACCGCAGAAAUUUACAUACACUAGAAUUUCCAGAGAAACUUCCUCUGAUCUGCUUAGACAAUGAGUUAAAUUUCUUUGCUGCGACAAGAAUUUGAAGCCGCUCAUGGCUAAAGCAACUGCAAAAUGCAUCGAAUUGCAUUUUUGAAGCAUAAUUUCCAAAUCCCAACAGCUUCAGAAGGUAGAAGCUCGGAACUUCUAUGCAUCAUGUCUACCAAAUUCUGGCAGUAACAAUUUCGCUGUAAAAGUUACCUGCUUUGUUUCUGUUUAGGUAUGUUACCAUUUAACUGACUAUACUGUUGAUAUUUACCAUGUCAAGCUGGUAAUUCAUUCUGCCAUUUCUGCUGGUGAAACUGCAUAUUAUUACUAGAUUCAUAACAGAUACAACCUGAGUUCAAUCCAAUCUGUGAUUGACAUAAAAGA